AUGGACGGUCCAGAGUCCCAGUACGCUGAUGAAGUUGAUAAUGAUCGUAAAGUAGAGAUGUCAGAAGUGAUAGUAGACAUUAGUGGUGAACGGCCAAAGAGAGAACUUGUGCCGGAGAGAACAAUUUCAGAGUCGUAUUUGAUUCGGCGUCCCAUGAAAAAGGAUGUUGGAAAGUGGGGGACCUUGUGGCUAGCUUAUGAAACGCUUGGAGUUAUUUAUGGAGACGUUGGGACUUCGCCCCUCUACACCUUCGCUGCUAUUGAUAUUGAAAAUCCAGGGGAAGUGGAUUUUUUGGGAUAUCUGAGCAUCAUAUACUGGUCAGUAACACUCAUCAGCCUCGUCAAGUAUAUCUUGAUUGUUAUCAGAGCAGAUGACCAUGGAGAAGGAGGAACAUUCGCUCUAUAUUCAUUGCUAUGUCAGCAUGUCAAUAUGGGGCAAAAUGCUGGCAAGCAAUUCCAACAGUUUCCUUCAGAUUCUAAUUUGACCCAUUUUGGAAAACGAAAUAAUCUGAGUAAUAUUAACAGAAAUACAAAGGAACUACUUGAGAAGAGUGCAGUGGCACAGAGAAUUCUGCUUAUUUUUGUGAUGGUUGGCACCUGCAUGGUGAUUGGCGAUGGAGCGCUCACUCCUGCAAUUUCAGUGUUGUCUGCUGUCCAAGGAAUUCAAUCAGAGAACUCUACACUGACAAAUGGUGCUGUUGUGGGUGUUUCAGCUGCAAUUCUCUUACUACUCUUUCUUCUUCAAAGAUUUGGUACUGGUAAAGUGAGUUUUCUAUUCUCCCCCAUAGCAAUUGUCUGGUUCGUUACCAAUGCCAUUAUUGGCGUAUAUAAUAUUAUCAAAUACUACCCGGGAGUAUUCAAGGCAGUCAAUCCUUACUACAUAGGCCGUUUCUUUCAAAAGAAUGGAAAACAUGGGUGGGUGUUGCUUGGAGGCACAGUCUUCGCUAUAACGGGUUCUGAGGCUAUGUUUGCUGACUUGGGCCACUUCAAUAAGUCUUCUAUCCAGAUUGCUUUCUCUUUUCUAGUGUACCCUGCCCUGAUGCUGACAUACUCUGGGCAAGCAGCUUAUUUGAUAAAAAAUACAGAGGAUGUAAAGCGUACAUUCUACAAGUCAAUACCAAAAAGUGUGUAUUGGCCAAUGUUUGUUGUUGCCACUUUAGCGGCCAUAGUUGCCAGUCAAGCAUUGAUUACGGCAACCUUCUCAAUUAUAAAGCAAUCUAUGGCUCUAGGUUGCUUCCCCCGGGUGAAGAUUAUUCAAACAUCAAAAAACAAGGAGGGCCGGAUCUACUCUCCAGAGAUAAACUACAUAAUAAUGUUUCUCUGCCUUGCAGUACUCUUAGGUUUCCGAAGUGGUGCAUCAAUUGGAAAUGCCUAUGGUGUGGCUGUGAUGACUGUGAUGCUUAUUACAACAUGCUUGGUGACCGUGGUCAUGCUAGUAAUUUGGAACUUACAUAUAUCACUUAUACUACCCUUCUUUACAGUCUUUUUUCUGAUAGAAGGCAUUUAUCUGUCAUCUGUAUUGAAUAAGGUACCCGAUGGUGGUUGGGUUCCCUUUCUAAUUUCGGGGCUCUUUCUGAUCAUAAUGUUUUCAUGGAACUAUGGGCGGAAUAAGAAGUAUACAUAUGCAAUGGAGAAAAAAUUAAGUCCACGAGAAAUGGAUGAAAUGGUUGCCAAUGUGGGUUAUAGAGUUCCAGGAGUGUCUAUCUUGUGCAGUGACCUUCUCUAUGGUUUGCCACCAAUUUUCAGGCACUAUGUGAAUACUGCGGGUUCUCUUCAUGAAAUUCUUAUUUUUCUUACAAUAAGAAUGGUUCCAGUCAAGAGUGUCUUGUUAGAAGAGAGAUACCAGGUUCGUCAACUUGGGCCAAAGGGUGUAUACAGAUGCUUAGCUCAAUAUGGUUAUAUGGAUAAUCCCAACUUGGAAGGAGAUGAAUUUAUGAACCAGGUUAUUGAAAACAUAAUAGAUUACAUUAAGACCUCUACCAGAGAAGGCCAGGAACAUAGCAUGAACGGUUCAGGUGUUACCCACAAUGAGGGAAGAACUUUAAUGGCAGAAAAUAACUUCUCUGCAAAUGACGAAGUGCAGCAGCUUGAAUCAGCACUAAAGGUGGGGGCGGUAUUUGUUGUAGGCAAAACUACACUAAAAACCAGUAAGAAGACGGGUGCUUUUGAGAGAUUCAUGAUUGAUAAUCUCUAUGAUCUUCUUCAAAAGAAUUGUAGGUCAGCUUUGUCCACCUUGCACGUACCACCUGCACGACUCCUUCAAGUUGGAAUGGUGUAUGAAAUCUAA